AUGCUCUUCCCCCGCCACCUUGCACCCUCCAAUAUUGUAACGCUCUACCGUUCCCACAUCAUGGCCGCCGCCGCGCCACCAUCGCGACCCAUCAAGAUCCUCAUGAUUCACGGCUUCACCCAAUCCGGUUCAAACUUCCACGCUAAAACGCGCGCCCUGGAAAAGAACCUUCAGAAAGCCUUUCCUGCUGGGAUCGCACUCUCCUACCCAACUGCGCCCAUUCGUCUUGCGCACGCAGAUAUUCCGUUUCCGACUGCCGCGGCCGAAGCAAAAGAGAACGGAGAGCCAGAGGAGACCGAUGCGUGGGCAUGGUGGAGACGGAAAGGCGACGGCGAGCCAUACGUGUACGAGGGGAUAGAGCUAGGGCUAGAGGCGCUAGCGCGCGUAUUGAAGGAGGAGGGACCGUUCGACGGUGUAAUAGGGUUUUCACAAGGCGGCGCAAUGGCUGCGAUGGUGGCCUCGCUGCUUGAACCCGAGCGGCGGAAGGCCUUUGAGAGGCUUUAUCCUGAGGGCGGCAUGUCGUAUCCGCAGUCGUUCGAAGCGGAUACAGGGUACAUUGAAGAGACUAUUCACCCUCCGCUCAAGUUUGCGGUCAGCUACUCGGGGUUCGCAGCGAGGGGCGUGGAGCUGUAUCGUGGGUUUUACGAGCCGAAAAUCACAACGCCCAUGCUGCAUUUCAUUGGGACACUUGAUACCGUUGUGGAGGAGGCGCGGAGCUUAGCGCUGGUGGAGCGGUGCGUGGAGACCAAAGGACGGGUGGUGCAUCAUCCUGGUGGCCACUUCGUAACUCUGCAGAAGACGUAUGUCGCAGCACUGGUGGGCUUCAUUAAAGAGACUUUACACAAGGCGGACAAUGGCGAGAAAAAAGAGGAGAGCGUAGAAGAUAUGGAUGUGCCUUUCUAG